AUGAUCAUUGAAGCAGCUAUACUUACUAUCGGCAAAGAAUGCCUUGAGCCAAAACCCUAUGUUCCAAUCGAAGAGACUUUCAAAAUGUACGCUCAUUAUUACCAGAGAGGCGCUGAGGAGUUAUAUAAGGAUAUUUUAGCCUCAACAGAAGUAAAACCCGAUUUAGAAGAGUUAUCAAGUGAAGAAAGAGAAGAUAAUGAGAUUAGAGCAACCGAUCGUUUGGCCCUUUCUUUGGUUGUCGAUGAAAAUGACACCAGAUUAGAUACUUAUGUUUUUGAUAUUAAUUCAGAAGCCUUUUAUGUCCACCAUGAUGUAUUUCUUCAUGGAGUACCCACUUCAAUGACCGUUUGGGACCGGGCAGAAGAUCCUAUUGCUUUUAUUGGUAACCAAGAUGGACAUGUGACCGGAUACAAUCUUUUUGUGACCAACCACUUCUUGCCUGAUUUGGCCUUUGCCGCUCAUGAGUCUCCUAUUACGUCAAUUAAGUCCAACUCUACUUUUAUUCUUACUACUGACCAGAAGAGUAUCAAAGCCUGGGAUUUGGCCACCCAAAAACCACUUUUUGCUUCAACUAGUAUUACGCCUCUACAAAUUGCUGUGAACGAUCAAGCCACUGUUUUUGCCGAUACCAAUACAGUCUAUAACUACGAUCAUCGUGAGAAGAAGCCUACUAAGCUCUUUAGUACGACUACACCUAUUACAUCCUUAUCUCUUUUGGGCGGUUCAGUAGCAGCUGGUACUACUUCUGGUGAUAUCUUUGUGACUAAAGACCAGGCCGUAGCUAAGACAUACUCCGUGCACAAAGAAAGCAUUAACAAUCUCCAACUGACCACUGAUAGAUAUGUAGUGAGUUCUUCUCGAGAUGAAACCAUUGCUCUUUUUGAUCUUUUAAAUGAGGAAGUUCUGCUGCGAACUACCACUAAUAUUGAUACGGCUAAAGUGGCAGUGCCUCUUGAUGAUCCGACUAUUUUUGUCUUCCCCCAAGAAGACGGCGAAUUGGGCAUAGACUCUUUUGCCGAUGCUAUCUCCCUUACCGAAUAA